AUGAGUCAAUCCCAGCAGCUGCCUCCAGCCCGAAGGCAGGUCGGCGCAGGGACUUACGGGCCUCACGGAGGCCAGCCAGACGAAUUGCAUAUGCCUGGUAUGACUUCGAGUCCGCACGGUCAGAUGGGAUCACAGAAGGACUACACGCCACAAAUCAAGCUUGACUACCCGCCCGCAAACGCCCACCCCGCCGAUCAGACCCAACCUCAACACCAUCACCACCACCAACAGUCUGCUGGUUCAGGCGUACCAAACGUCCUACAGCCGGGUGGCCUGUCAGCCCGUCCAACAGCUGUUACCUCUAGUACUGCGCCAACUCUUGCCGCAAUACACGGCGCGAUGCCGCCUCCUUCGACCGGCCCACCUCCGUCGCAACAGAACCAACACGGGCACCAACAGUCGCCUGCUUCGCACGAGUAUCAAACACCGCCGAAGCCGUCCCUUUCGAUGGCGCAUUCUCACACGUAUUCUCUCUCUAGUCCCUCCGCUUCCUAUGACGGUCCGGCCAAUUACCAUGCCUAUACUCCAACGACGCCUGGCGGCCCGGCAUCCCAACUCAUGUCACCUGCAGAUGCUGGCAAGUAUGGUACCCCUGGGUCGCAACGAAACUUCUCCAAUACUCCGCUUGGGCUCGCCGAUAUAAGACCCCGCGCCGAUUCCAGCAUGUCAGACGGGGCUCCAGGAGCCACGGGUCAGGACAUUUCGAGCACACAACCUGGGCCCAGCAACUAUAUGGCCCCUUGGGCGGUCUAUGCAUUUGACUGGUGCAAGUGGCCCCCUCUGGGGAAUGGCGCUGGGAAACUGGCAGUAGGAAGUUAUCUUGAAGAUGGCCAUAAUUUUAUCCAAAUUCUUGACAGUCAAGUUGUUCCUGCGUCACAGGACGUUUACAGCCCAGGCACAUCGAAGUAUAGCUUGGAGUUCACCAAAGUGGCUGAAGCAACACAUUCGUACCCGGUUACUAGGCUUCUAUGGGAGCCUCCGUCAUCUCAGAAACAGUCCACAGAUCUUCUAGCGACGUCUGGUGACCACCUUCGACUUUGGUCACUGCCCUCUGAGACGCAAGCCAACCCGAGCAACAAUAUCACCCGCGGGGGUCGAGAUGCGUCCUCUAUCACAAAGCUGACGCCCUUGGCGCUGCUGUCGAAUUCGAAGACGCCAGACCAUACAGCACCUCUCACAUCCCUUGAUUGGAAUACCGUCUCUCCAAGUCUAAUCAUCACUUCAAGUAUCGAUACGACAUGUACCAUCUGGGACAUUCCGUCACUGACUGCCAAAACACAGCUUAUAGCUCACGAUAAGGAGGUCUAUGAUGUGCGAUUCUGUGCCAACAGUGUGGAUGUUUUUGUGAGCUGUGGCCAAGACGGAAGUGUCCGGAUGUUCGACCUGCGUAGCUUAGAACAUUCGACUAUUAUAUAUGAACCGACAGGCAAAGAGGAAAGAGAUGGGAGUGGUCGUUCCAGUCCAUCACAUUCACAACAAACCGCGGGUAGCCCACCUCCUCUAUUGCGUCUUGCAACAUCACCCCAUGACACGCAUCUUUUGGCAACCUUUGCCCAAGACUCGAGCACAAUUCGCAUCCUAGAUGUUCGGCAGCCAGGUCAAGCGCUCCUUGAGCUCAAGGGACAUACCGGCCCAAUCAACUGUGUCGAAUGGUCACCCCUUCGACGAGGAACGUUGGCAUCCGGCGGCGACGACUGCCAAGUUCUCAUCUGGGACCUCAUGAAUUCGAGUUCAUCGAUCGGAGGGCAUCCACUAAAUGGGGCUCCCCAGCAAGAUAACCACCGAAACCCAGUGGCCAGUUGGGAAUGUGAAUAUGAGGUUGGGAACCUUGGCUGGGUCCCUCACCUCCAGAAUACUGACUAUGGUGAAUGGCUGGGAAUCAGCGCGGGCCGCGGCAUCUGGGGGACACGCCUGGUGUGA